AUCUUUAUUAUGCCUUACAGUCGAGAUAUUGACUGAAUGAUCAUUGAGAAAUUGAUACGACCUUGAGAAAAUCUCAGAUUAUGCAUUGUUUGUUUGUGAUAAAACUUUCUGUGAAAUCCACGGAGACGAUCCUUUGACAAUGUUUUCAUUUCAGUAAUGGAAAUAAACAAGUUUCGUGCUCUUUCGCGGCGAGCUCAGCAGCUACAUUACACAUCCUUGAAUGGACUUAAACGAAGAUGCAACAACGCACACGGUGCAGCUAAUUUUCACUCGUUGAAGAGAGCUACACAAACCCAAAUCCAGAAAUCGCAGACCAAACCUCUCCUUAAAUGUGGAGACUCGGAUAUAAAAGAGUGGAACGUUGCUAUAAGCAGCUACAUGCGUACUGGAAGAUGCAACGAAGCGCUUCGUGUCUUCAAACGCAUGCCUAGGUGGAGUUCCGUUUCUUAUAACGGUAUGAUUUCUGGUUAUUUGAGAAACGGUGAGUUUGAACUCGCCCGGAAGUUGUUCGAUGAAAUGCCUGAACGAGAUUUAGUUUCCUGGAAUGUGAUGAUUAAAGGGUAUGUACGGAACAGGAAUCUUGGGAAAGCGAGGGAAUUGUUUGAGAUAAUGCCUGAGAGAGAUGUUUGUUCGUGGAAUACCAUGUUGUCGGGUUACGCUCAGAAUGGUUGUGUUGAUGAUGCAAGGAGUGUUUUUGAUCGAAUGCCUGAGAAGAACGAUGUAUCGUGGAAUGCAUUGCUCUCUGCUUAUGUUCAGAAUAGUAAGAUGGAGGAGGCUUGUAUGUUGUUUAAGUCAAGAGAGAAUUGGGCGUUGGUUUCGUGGAACUGCUUGCUUGGUGGGUUUGUUAAGAAGAAAAAGAUUGUUGAGGCAAGGCAGUUUUUUGAUAGUAUGAAUGUGAGGGAUGUGGUCUCAUGGAAUACGAUCAUCACUGGUUAUGCACAGAGCGGGAAAAUCGAUGAGGCGCGGCAGCUAUUUGAUGAGUCUCCUGUUCAAGAUGUCUUUACAUGGACAGCAAUGGUGUCAGGAUAUAUACAAAACCGGAUGGUGGAAGAAGCGAGAGAAUUAUUCGACAAAAUGCCAGAGAGAAACGAAGUGUCAUGGAAUGCCAUGCUUGCAGGAUAUGUGCAGGGCGAGAGAAUGGAGAUGGCAAAGGAAUUGUUUGAUGUUAUGCCUUGUAGAAAUGUUAGUACAUGGAACACGAUGAUAACUGGAUAUGCUCAGUGUGGGAAAAUUUCUGAAGCUAAGAACCUUUUUGAUAAAAUGCCAAAGAGAGAUCCGGUCUCUUGGGCAGCUAUGAUUGCAGGGUAUUCGCAAAGCGGACACAGCUUUGAAGCUCUUCGUUUGUUUGUACAAAUGGAGAGGGAGGGAGGUAGAUUGAAUCGGUCUUCGUUUUCAUCUGCUCUAAGCACAUGUGCAGACGUUGUUGCUCUCGAGCUCGGGAAGCAAUUGCAUGGACGAUUAGUUAAAGGUGGGUAUGAGACUGGGUGCUUUGUUGGGAAUGCGCUUUUGUUGAUGUAUUGCAAAUGUGGAAGCAUAGAAGAAGCUAAUGACUUGUUUAAGGAGAUGGCUGGGAAGGACAUUGUCUCUUGGAACACAAUGAUUGCAGGUUACUCAAGGCACGGGUUCGGAGAAGUGGCUUUAAGGUUCUUCGAGUCGAUGAAGAGAGAAGGACUGAAGCCAGAUGAUGCUACCAUGGUUGCGGUAUUAUCUGCAUGCAGUCACACAGGACUUGUUGACAAAGGCAGGCAAUAUUUCUAUACGAUGACUCAAGACUAUGGCGUAAUGCCUAACUCACAGCACUAUGCUUGCAUGGUUGAUCUUCUUGGUCGAGCUGGGCUUCUAGAAGAUGCUCACAAUCUAAUGAAGAACAUGCCCUUUGAGCCAGACGCUGCAAUUUGGGGAACUUUACUUGGUGCAAGCAGAGUUCAUGGAAACACAGAGCUAGCCGAAACAGCUGCAGAUAAGAUAUUUGCAAUGGAGCCUGAAAAUUCCGGUAUGUAUGUUCUUCUCUCUAAUCUAUACGCUUCUUCGGGUCGAUGGGGAGAUGUUGGUAAACUACGAGUGAGAAUGCGGGAUAAAGGGGUGAAGAAAGUUCCAGGGUACAGUUGGAUUGAAAUUCAGAACAAGACUCAUACUUUCUCGGUUGGGGAUGAGUUUCAUCCUGAGAAAGACGAGAUCUUUGCAUUUUUGGAGGAGCUGGAUUUGAGAAUGAAGAAAGCAGGGUAUGUUUCAAAGACGAGUGUGGUUCUUCAUGAUGUGGAGGAAGAAGAGAAGGAGCGUAUGGUUCGGUACCAUAGCGAGAGACUGGCUGUAGCUUAUGGGAUAAUGCGUGUGUCUUCAGGGAGACCGAUCCGUGUGAUAAAGAAUCUGCGUGUAUGUGAGGAUUGUCACAACGCCAUCAAGUAUAUGGCCAGAAUCACAGGGAGACUGAUUAUCUUGAGGGAUAAUAACAGGUUUCACCAUUUUAAGGAUGGUUCAUGUUCUUGUGGAGACUACUGGUGAAUGAUGAUUCCAUUUCAUCUUUGAUUCAAUCUAACCAUUGACCAAUUAUACGUAAUCAACACACAUUGGAAGAAUUAAUUUGUUAACUUAAACAUGCCA